AUGUUUAAAAGAAAUAUUUAUGGUAUUAUUUUAAGCAUUAUAUUUGUGACAAUUGUCAUUUGUACAUAUAGAGAUAGAUAUGAUUAUAGUAGAAUGCCUAUUGAUCUUACACCAGUCCAAUCAUUUAUUGGACUUUGGGAAAAAGAACGUUCUGAAGGAAUAUAUAAACAAUUACCUCCACCAGAUAUGAUUGAUUAUGCCAUUCAUCCAUUACCAAAAUUUGGUGCAAGAUGUUUAAAUAUUACACAUACAUAUUAUGAUAAAUUAGGACAUGUUUUAAGAUCAGAUUAUGGUUUUAUGCCGGUAAAAAAUGCCACAAGAAGAGAUCCAAGAGUACAUGUUGCUUAUCUAACAACUAGUUCUGAGGGAUUUUCUAUGAUGGAACAAGGUUUUGUAAAAGGAAAUACAAUUUUGUUUCACUUUAAAUCAUUCCUACCCAGAUCAUUUGAUGUUGAAAAUAAUGGUUUAUUACUUGAUAUCAGAGAGUAUGAAAGAAAACUUGAAUUGGUUGAUGGAAGGCAUAUGAAAAUGUAUGUUAGAGCAGAAACAGCAUAUAGUACGGAGGAGUACACUUCUUGGUAUGUAAAAAUAAUGCCAUAA